AUGUCAUUUCUAGAUAUUUCUAUUUCUUUCUAUAUAUGGAAAGUUAAGAAAUCAUCAUAUAAUAAUCGAGAAAGUGCAACAGAAAAAAAAGAAAGGGGGUUUCUGAUGAUUUUGAAAUCUUUUCUACUAGGUAAUCUAUUAUCCUUAUGCAUGAAGAUAAGAAAUUCGGUCGUUGUGGUCGGACUCUAUUAUGGAUUUAUUACCACAUUCUCUAUAGGGCCCUCUUAUCUCUUCCUUCUCCGAGCUCGGGUUAUGGAAGAAGGAACCGAGAAGGAGGUAUCAGCAACAACUGGUUUUAUUAUGGGACAGUUCAUGAUGCUCAUAUCGAUCUAUUAUACGCCUCUGCAUCUAGCAUUGGGUAGACCUCAUACAAUAACUGUCCUAGUUCUACCCUAUCUUUUGUUUCAUUUCUUCUGGAACAAUCACAAACACUUUUUUUCUUAUAGAUCUACUACCAGAAAUUCAAUGCGUAAUCUCAGCAUUCAAUGUGUAUUCCUGAAUAAUCUCAUUUUUCAAUUAUUCAACCAUUUCAUUUUACCAAGUUCAACGUUAGCCAGAUUAGUCAACAUUUAUAUGUUUCGAUGCAACAACAAGAUGUUAUUUGUAACAAGUAGUUUUGUUGGUUGGUUAAUCGGUCACAUUUUAUUCAUGAAAUGGGUUGGAUUGGUAUUAUUCUGGAUACGGCAAAAUCAUUCUAUUAGAUCGAAUAAGUACAUUAAGUACCUUGUGUCAGAAUUGAGAAAGUCUAUGGCUCGAAUCUUGAGUAUUCUCUUGUUUAUCACCUGUGUCUACUAUUUAGGCAGAAUACCAUCGCCUAUUUUCACUAAGAAACUGAAAGAAACCUCAGAAACAGGGGAAACUGAGGAAGAAACAGAUGUAGAAAUAGAAAGAACUUCCGAAACGAAGGGGACUGAACAGGAAAAAGAGGGAUCAACCGAAGAAGACCCUUCCCUUUUUUGUUCGGAAGAAAAGGGGGAUCCGGACAAAAUAGAUGAAAGAGAAGGAGUGAAUGGAAAAGAAAAAACAAAGGAUCACUUCAACCUCAAAGAAAGAUGGUAUAACAAUAAGACUGUAUACCGGGAUCAGGAAGAUAAUACUGCAUAUGGAGAUGGGAAUCAGGAAGAUUGGGAGUUGAAAGCACUUAAACUUAAAGAAGAGAAAAAAUUAUUCUGGUUUGAAAAACCCUUUAUUACUUUUCUUUUCGACUAUCAACGAUGGAAUCGACCAUUUCGAUAUAUAGAAAAUGAUCAAUUUGCAAAUACUGUAAGAAAUGAAAUGUCCCAAUAUUUUUUUAACACAUGUCCAAGUGAUGGAAAACGAGUAAUCUCUUUCACAUAUCCUCCCAGUUUGUCGGUUUUUGGGGAAAUGAUACAAAAAAAAAUGUCUUUAUGCGGUAUGAAAGAACUAUAUCCCAAAGACAAAAAUCUGUAUAAUCAUUGGGUUUCUACAAAUGAACAAAAAAGGGAUAAGGUAAGCAAGGAGUUCAUAAAUCGAAUAGAAGCUCUAUACGGGGGAGAUAUUGUUCUCCAAAAAAGGGUCAGAUUAUGCAAUGAUCGGGAUGAAAAAGAAUGCUUACCCAAAAUGUCUGAUCCCUUUUUAAACGGAUCAUACCGUGGAACAAUAAAAGAAUUGUAUUCAAAUUCAAUUAUAAACGAUCCAAUCACUUCGACAUAUAAUUCCGGAGAAAAAUUUUGGAUAAAUAGAAUCCACAGUCUCCUUUUUUGUGAUCUAAAUGAUCAAGCAAUUAGGAAUAAAUCUAGUGAAAUUCAAGAAAUAAAGAAAAAGAUACCUCAACGGUUAUACAGAUUAACUACCGAUUUGGAACAAGACGAGGGAGAAGAUGAGAGAGAAUCUGUAGAGUUUCCUGAAAUUCGUUCAAGAAAAACUAAACAUAUGGUAAUUUAUGCUGAUAACGAGGAGAAUACGAAUAUCUUUACUCAUACUGGUGCCGGGACUACUUACGAUCCAGAAAAUGAUCAAAUGGAAGAGGUGGAUGUGAUACGUUACACACAGAAACCUGAUUUUCGUCGGGAUCUAAUCAAAGGAUCGAUGCGCGCUCAACGACGGAAAACAGUUACUUGGGAAAUGCUUCAAAUAAAUUUGCAUUCCCCCCUAUUUUUGGAUAGAAUAGACAAAAACCCUUUUUUUUAUUUUGAUAUCUCCAGAAUCAUAAACCUAAUUUUUAGGGAUUGGACAAAGAAAAAACCUGAAUUUCAAACUUCCAACUUUAAAGAGGAAACAAAAAAAGAGGAUGAGAUAGAAGAAACUUGGGAGACUAUUGCAUUUGGUCAAGUAAUAAGAGGUUUUCUGUUAGUAACCCAAUCUAUUCUUAGAAAAUACAUCGUAUUACCUUCAUUGAUAAUAGCUAAGAAUCUCGUGCGUAUGUUAUUAUUUCAACUCCCCGAGUGGUAUGAGGAUUUCAAGGAAUGGAGUAGAGAAAUGCAUAUUAAAUGCACCUAUCAUGGUGUUCAAUUAUCAGAAAGAAAAUUUCCGAAGAAUUGGUUAAAAGCCGGUAUUCAGAUAAAGAUUCUAUUUCCUUUCUAUUUGAAACCUUGGCGCAAAUCUAAACUACGAUCCCAUCAUAUAGAUCAUCCGAUGAAAAAAAGAAAAAAACAAAAUUCUUGUUUUUUAACAGUCUGGGGAAUGGAAACUGACCUACCCUUUGGUCCUGCCCGAAAGGGACCUUCCUUUUUUGAGCCUAUUCAUAAAGAACUUGAAAAAAAGUUUAAAAAAGGAAAAAAGAAAUGGUUUUUAUUUGUAAGAAUUUUCAAAGAAAAAAAAAUAUGGGUUAUCAAAAGAGUUCUAUUUAUAAAAGGAGUAAUGAAAGAACUUACAAAAGCAAAUCCCGUUUUCUUAUUCGGACUAAAGAGAGUCUAUGAUGGAAGUGAAAAUAGGAAAGAUUCCAUAAGUAAUAAUAAGACAAUUUCUGAAUCACCUAUUAGAAAAUCACCUAUUAGAACUGGAUCGAUGGAUUGGACAAAUUCUUCACUGACAGAAAGAAAAAGAAAGGAUCUGUCUGAUAAGACAACCACAAUCAGAGAUCAAAUAGAAAGGAUCAGGAUCACAAGAGACAAGAAAACAAAUUUCCUAACUAUAGAUAUGAAUAUCAGUCCUAAUGAGACAAGUUAUAGUGAUAAAAGAUCGGAAUCACAGAAACCUAUUUGGCAAGUAUCCAAAAGAAGAAGUACUCGAUUACUCUAUAAAUGGCGCUAUUUUAUGAAAAGUUUCAUUGAAAGAAUACACAGAAAUGUCUUUCUAUGUAUGAUUAACCUCCCUAGGAUCAAUACACAACUUUUUCUUGAAUCAACAAAAAAGAUUAUAGAUAAAUACAUUUCCAAUGAUGAAAAAAAUCAAAGUGGAAUUGAUGAAAAGAAUAAAAAAAAGAUCCACUUUAUCUUUAUUUCGACUAGGAAGCUGCUUUCCACUAUCUCUAAUAAGAAGACUAAUAAUUCAAAGAUUCAUUGUUCGUUGUCUCAAGCAUAUGUAUUUUACAAAUUAUCGCAAAAACCAGGUAUUAAGAAGUAUCGCUUGGGAUCUUUAUUUCAAUACCGCAGAGCGUAUUCUAUUAAAGAUAGAAUAAAGGACUAUUUGGAAAUAGAAAGAAUAUUUCAUUCCGAAUCAAAACAUAAGAAACCGGGUAAUUUCGGAAUGAACGAAUGGAAAAACUGGUUAAUAGGUAAUUAUCAAUACAAUUUUUCUUAUACUAGAUGGUCUAGAUUAGACCCGCAAAAAUGGCGAAAUAAAGUAAAUGAACAGUGUAUGAUAAAAAAUAAGGAUUCGAAAAAAACCGAUUCAUAUUCAUAUGAGAAAGACCCAUUAAUUAAUCACGAGAGACAUAUUUUGUAUUCAGCGGAUUUAUUGCAGAAUCAUAAAAAAAAACUUAGCAAACGUUACAGAUAUGAUCUUUUAUCAUAUAGAUAUAUCAAUUUUGGAAAUAACUCGAGUAUUUAUAGAUCCCUAUUACAAGUGAACGAAGAGCAAAGGAUUCUAAUUCUAUCUAGUCAUAGUCACAUCAUACAUAAAUAUGAACAAUUGAAUUUACCAGCUAUUAGCGAUUAUCUAGAAGAAAGGUUUAUCGUUGAUAUGGAGAAAAAGACAGAUAGAAAAUAUUUUGAUCUGAGAAUCAUCAAAUUUUGGUCUAGAAGGAAUACCAAUACUGAUAUGGAUCUCAGGAUCAAUACUAACAAAAAGAAUAAUACUGGAACGAAUUAUUAUCAAAUGAUUGAUAAGAAAGAUCUUAUUUAUCUCACGAGUUAUCAAGAAAUUUACCCUAGAAAUAAAGAAAAUAACUUUUUUGAUUGGAUGGGAAUGAAUGAAGAACUACUAUAUCGUCGCAUAUCGAAUCUGGCGCUUUGGUUUUUCCCAGAACUUGUACUACUUAAUGACGCAUAUAAGACUAAACCUUGGACCAUACCCAUAAGAUUGCUUCUUUUUAAUGGAAAGAAAAAGAUUACUGAAACUCAAAAAAUGAAUGAAAAUAAAAAAAGGGAUCUUGGUAUAUUAUCCAAUCAAAAAAAAUAUCUGGAAUUAGGGACUCGAGACCGGGAAGAGAAAAAAUGGUGGGAUCAAGAAGAUCUUAGACCAGAUACUAAAUACCAAGAAUAUUUUGGAUCAGAUGUAAAAAACCAAAAAGAUGUUGAAUUAGAUGUUUGGUACAGAGAAGGAAAGAGUAGGGAACAAGAGGAUUACACUGACAUUAAUAAAAGUAGGAAAAAGAAGCAAUCCAAGAGCAACAAGGAAGCAGAACUGGAUUUACUCCUGAAAAGAUAUUUACUUUUUCAAUUCAGAUGGGAUGAUUCUUUGAAGAAAAAAAUGAUCAAUAACAUCAAAUUAUAUAGUCUCCUGCUUAGACUCAUGGAUCCAAAAAAAAUUGUUAUAUCCUCUAUUCAAAGAGGAGAAAUGUGGUUGGAUAUAAUGCUAAUUCAUAAGGAUCUACCUCUUACAAAAUUGAAAAAAGGGGGAGUAUUUACUAUGGAACCGCUUCGUCUAUCUAGAAAAUGGAAUGGACAAUUUCUUAUGUAUCAAACCCUAAGUAUUUCAUUGGUCCAUAAGAUUAAGCAGCAAACCGAUCGAAGAUACCGAGAAACAAAAUAUAUUGAUGAGAAUUUUUUCGAUUUAUUCAUUCCACGGAACGGAAGGGUGUUUGUGAAUGGAGACAAUAAGAAUUAUGAUUUGUUUGUUCCUGAAAAUAUUUCAGCUCUGAGACGGCGUAGAGAAUUGAGAAUUCUAAGUCGUCUCAAUCCCGGAAAAGGAAACAUAAAUAUAAUAUUUUCCAAUAGGAAGAAGAUACAGAACUGUAAGCCAUUUUUGGAUAGGGGCAAGCAUCUUGAGACAGAUACAAAUAAAGCCAUUAAAUUCAAAUUGUUUCUUUGGCCCAACCAUCGAUUAGAAGAUUUAGCUUGCAUGAAUCGCUAUUGGUUUGAUACCAAUAAUGGUACUCGUUUCAGUAUGUCAAGGAUACGUAUGUAUCCACGAUUCGGAAUUAGUUGA